AGUAGCGCGUGUACGCAGCCGGCGCCGCGACGCUCCGUGGUGAACGUCGCGCUGGUAUCCGAGAUGAGAGCGUCGAGCGUGCACGGCAGAUCGUCGUCCCGCGAUCGCGGUCCCGGCACCCUCGACGACGAGUUGUAAGAAUCGUCGCACGACCGAACGGACGCGCCGAGCAUCCCGCGGCGAUAAUCGAUCGAGCGUGUGAUAGAGUUACACACGUGUGCUCCUCACGCACGUGUGCCGCGAUCACACAUCCGCGCACGUUCUCUCGCAAAAAGGAGAUAAGAGGUAGAUAACGGAAAUGGAUUGAUAAGGAAGCCGGAAGCUUCGUGAGGAGAGGUGAAUUCCUCGAACAGUCUUGACUCUCUCUCGACGACGGUCGAUCAGCGUUCACGCGUAUGACAAUAUCGCUUCCGCGCGCGUCGCCGCGUGAAAGAGAUUGGAGACUGAAGCUUUUCGUUCGCGCGGGAAGAUCGCGGGAGCGACGAUCGCAACGCGUCGUGUGUUCGUCGCGGAUGAAACUGCGAUAAAUUGCGACGAAUUACUAGAGAGGAACAAUCGUGUAGAGAGAGAGAGAGAGUCCGCUUGUGCGUGUGUUUGUGAGUGUGCGUGUGUGUGCGUGCGUGCGUGAGAUAUUUUAUAUUUUUCCGCGUGCGUUUUCAUUUCUUCGCUUCGCGGGUCCUCGGAGAACGCGCGAGCGACCGUUCCAGUAGUCACGCCGGCCUACAUCUCUCGCGUAAUCGCGUCCGCGCGAAAAAUCCGCGCGGCGGCGUCGCGACGCUCGUAUAGAUCCUAAGAAUCCUUCAUUCUCAACUCGGCAAAAUUCGGCGAACCCGUUAUCAUCGCGCGACGGAAGAAAUUGUCGUCCGCUCUCGACUCCGCGGACGACUCUUCAACAGGUGGCCGAAAUCGAUCUUGCACGUGUACAGGCCGAGAGGAACCGUCGUUUCCCGAGGUUUUCGAAAGUUCCGUCGCGAAACAUGUUAAUUGCCUGACUGUCGUCGCCAUUCGCCCCCCGUAUACCUAAACGCCAAACGAACCGGUGGAAUUGACGUUACUAUUAAUAUCGACAAGCAUACGAUUAUAUAGCGUAUCUCUAAAUAAUCAAAACAAUUCUUGAUACGAAUGACUCUGGAGGACGAUUAGGUGUUUCUACAUUGUGAAACGUUGAAGAACAGCGUAAAGAUUAUACUAUAAUUUGUGAAUUUGUGAAAUGUACAACGACGCCUCCGGCGAGUUUUUUAUCCCCGCCCAGCUGUCCAUACGCAACCCUUUUCUUUAAUCAAACAUUUAUUCACUGCCACCUUGCGAAUUAAUUAACAAAGAAAUUGGUGUUAAACUCAUCGCCAUUUAUUUACGACAUUCGCCACUUUCUGCUUCGAUGUGAAUUCUGCUUGGAAGAUCUUAUCGUGCGAAAGAAAGACACCCGCAGUUCGGCGAUGUUCGACUAAAGAAAACGUGAAGCACGGACUUUAAGAGAUCCGAUGAGUGUCUCGAUAUGAAGAGGAGACUGAAUAUUCGAUGCGAGAUAACGUUCAAUAAAAGCACGGUGCUCCUCUCAUUAAUCUGUCCUUAAGCUGUCAGAGAAUCAAACUUAAAUUAAAUCGCGCUUAUAGGGUUAUCUCGGCGGAAGUCGAGCAAGAGUUGCAACGCUUGCACACGCGUCAAGCGUAAUCGAUGCCCUCAAACAGCCGGCUCUACGAGGACACCGCGACGCGGAACUCAAGCUAAUCUGCUUAUCUGGUGCUAUAACUUGCUUAUCUAUCAGAAACCCCCGACGCCUGAACGUUCGCCGCGCGGGAUAACAGCGGCGCUGUUGACGUUAAUGGACGAGGAGCUCCGUGAGAAAUUAAUUCACGACUCGUGAUCGACGACGCCAACGCAGCGAAUAUACUUCGGGCGGAUUCUCUUCCGGACAACUCCCGCCCCGGUUGCAUUACCGGAUCGGCCUUCCGCCUCGCAGUCGUUCUGGGAGAUGAUGAACCGUCAGCGAGUCCAUCCGCGUAUCGCUGACGCAUGAUCGAUUCAACGAAGAGGUAGCGAUAAAGGGGGUGAGGAGAAGAGUAGGAGGGAAAGGGGGAAGAGGAGGCGAGUGACACGCGAGUGACCGACUCGCGCUUUUCAAGAUGCGCCAUGGAUAACGAUACGACGCAAAUAACGUUGGCGAUACUGGUCGCGAUGCAGAACCUGUCGGCGCACAACUCCAGCUACCUGUCGGAGGACAUGAUGUCGAAUCUGACGGUGCAGAUAAUAUUCUGCAUGUUCUACAUCAUAAUCUUCGUCCUGGGCAUAUUCGGUAACGUGCUGGUGGUCUUCGUCGUCGGGCGGAACCGCCAGAUGCACACCGUCACCAAUCUCUUCAUCACGAAUCUCGCGCUCAGCGACGUGCUGCUGUGCGUGCUGGCCGUGCCCUUCACCCCCCUGUACACCUUCAUGAGCGGUUGGAUCUUCGGCAAGACCCUCUGCCACCUGGUGCCCUACGCCCAGGGCGUCAGCGUGUACAUCAGCACGCUCACGUUGACGAGCAUAGCCGUCGACCGGUUCCUGGUCAUCAUCUAUCCGUUCCAUCCGCGCAUGAAGAUCAAGAUGUGCUUGGCGAUCAUCGUGGGUAUCUGGGUGAUCGCGUUACUGGUCACCUUGCCGUACGGGCUCUACAUGCAGCUGGACGAAACGUACAUCUCCUUGUGCGAGGAGAACUGGCCCAGCGAGCCGUUUCGCAAGGUCUUCAGCUCGCUCACGUCGAUACUGCAGUUCGUCGUGCCGUUCUUCGUGAUCGCCUUCUGCUACAUAUGCGUGUCGAUCAAGCUGAACGAUCGGGCGCGCGCCAAGCCCGGCAGCAAGACCAGCAAGAAGGAGGAGGUGGAUCGCGAGAGGAAGCGCCGGACCAACCGGAUGCUAAUCGCCAUGGUCGCCAUAUUCGGCGUGUCCUGGCUGCCGCUCAAUAUCGUCAACGUCGUCGACGACUUCUACUCGCACGUCAACGACUGGUCCUACUACAGGCUCUGCUUCUUCAUGUCGCACUGCAUCGCCAUGAGCAGCACCUGCUACAAUCCGUUCCUCUACGCCUGGCUCAACGACAACUUCCGCAAGGAAUUCAAGCAAAUCCUGCCGUGUUAUUCAAGAAACUCCAACAGCAGCACUCCGAGGACCAAGGAGAGCUGUAGGGGCGAGAAGAUAUGUAACGGUAAUAACACCAUGCAAGAGACCUUGCUGCCCAGUAACACGAAAGCGCAGAAUCCCGAGGGAUGCGAGAUGAUCAUUCUGGAGCAGACGACGAACAUUUCGAAGGAUCUGGAUCAGCCCUCGAGCUCCUCGAAGGAUUUCGACGACGCUGCUCUGUGAGGGAAAGCACGAAAGAAGCUCCAGCCGUCAAUGCCGGGAAUGCGUCAUCGUGUUGCUUCCAUCAUCGCGAUCGAAAAGCUGUCGACAGGAUAAAUCAAAACGUACAGAGAGGAUGCUGCAAGAACAACGCGUUUAUGAAUCCUAUACAAUAUAUCUAACGCGUGCUUGAAAAUUGUAACGUAAUUAAAAAGUAAUAUAUUACAAGAGCAUGCAUGUAUCAAGCUACGGGCGAUAGGCUCGAAAGUAAAAAAGCGUAAAGAAUGUGAAUUAUAAUUAUAAAUAUAAGUCUUGAUCAAAA